GUUUUUAACAGCUGCCGCUGAAUUCACCGAUCAGCUGUACGUUAUCAAUAGGACCAAGGCAAACGCCGGUAUGGAGCGACUCUCAAGAUUGUUUUGGCCAGUACUGGUGACACCAAAGAACGCCGUUGUAAAGAAUGUCGAGGCAAUUUCACGUAGUCAAAAGUUGCUAACAGAUUUGGGUUUGGUUAGACCAGCUUAUAAUGGCACCUACCAGCUAAUGCCACUGGCGCAACGUGUGAUGGAAAAGUGUGCCGAUUUGGUGCGUCGCCAGAUGCGCGAUGUAGGCGCACAACAAAUCACAUUGCCUGUUUUGACGCCGUCGGAGUUGUGGAAAAAAUCCGGUCGCUUAGAUGGUGAUAUAACCGAAUUCUAUUUAAUAAAAGAUCGACAUGGCAAACAGUUCCUGCUCAGUCCAACGCACGAAGAAGCAGUGACUGCGAUGUUGGCAAGUAUUGCACCGAUUUCUUAUAAACAAUUGCCUAUUAGACUCUUUCAAAUCGGACCGAAAUUUCGCGACGAGUUGAAGCCGCGCUUCGGUCUAAUUAGAGCAAAAGAAUUUGUUAUGAAGGAUCUCUAUACAUUUGAUCGUGAUGCGGUAACUGCUUUGCAUACAUACAAUCAGAUAAAUUCUGCUUAUGAAGCGCUUUUUCAGCAGCUGCAAGUGCCAUUUGUUAAAGUGGAAGCCGCUACCGGCAUGAUGGGUGGCAGCGUGUCACACGAGUAUCACUACCUGGCCGCCACUGGUGAAGAUCAACUAAUUACCUGCGAUUCCUGCGGUUAUGCAGCUAAUAUUGAAACAAUAAAUGAGACAAUUAGUGACAAACACUGCCAACGCUGCAAUUCAACGAAUUUGCGCAGCGUGGCCGGCAUUGAAGUGGGACACACUUUCGUAUUAAAUGAUAAAUACUCCAAACCACUGAAGGCAACGUUUCUACAAGAGAAUGGCAAACCUGAAAAUCUUGUAAUGGGCUGUUAUGGGAUAGGCGUCAGCCGAUUGGUGGCAGCCGCAGUAGAGGUACUCGCUACGGAGAGUGAGUUGCGUUGGCCAACACUUCUAGCACCUUUUGAUGUUUGCAUAAUAGGUGCGAAAGAAGGUAGUAAAGAGGAGAAGUUAGCCAAUAGUGCGGAAACCGAAUUCUGUAAUGCGCUCAAUGGUAUUUGUAAUGAGGAGGAUGUGUUGAUUGAUGAUCGUAGUAAUUUUACGAUAGGCAAAAGGCUAUUGGAAGCGAAAAGAAUGGGUUAUCCCAUCAUUGUUGUAAUUGGAAGCAAGGCAGCGAACGCAGUACCAAAAAUUGAACUGCAUUUCAUUUCGGGCGAAACAAUGGAUGUUGAGUCAGGCGAAGCACUAGCCUUAAUCGCAAAAUAUACAAACCAUAAGCGAGAACUCUACAACACAAAAUUGAAUUAUAGUGCACCAGCAAAAUCGAAUAAGGCGUCUAUUAGUUGAGACUUAGCAAUAUUGAACAGUGACAAAGCCACGCGAAAGUUUAGAUUUAAUUU